GGUCCUACUUGUGACAGUGUUGAGGAUGACAUGAAUGCUUCUGCCCGUGGAGCCUCUGCUACAGUGUUGGAAGAAACAAGAAAGGAAACUGCUCCUGUUCAGCUCCCUGUUUCAGGGCCAGAACUGGCGGCUAUGAUGAAGAUUGGAACCAGGGUCAUGAGAGGGGUGGAUUGGAAGUGGGGUGACCAGGAUGGGCCUCCUCCAGGUCUAGGCCGAGUCAUUGGUGAGCUGGGAGAGGAUGGCUGGAUCAGGGUUCAGUGGGACACAGGCAGCACUAACUCAUACAGGAUGGGAAAAGAAGGAAAAUACGACCUCAAGCUGGUGGAGCUCCCUGUGUCAUCACAGCCCUCUGCAGAGGAUUCAGACACAGAGGAUGACUCUGAAACAGAACAAGGUGAAAGGAACAUUCACCCCACUUCAAUGAUGCUGACCAGCGUUAUUAACUUACUGCAAACUCUGUGUCUCUCUGUUGGAGUUCAUGCUGACAUCAUGCAGAGUGAGGCCACCAAGACUUUGUGUGGACUGCUUCGAAUGUUAGUGGAAAGCGGAACAACAGAUAAGCCAU